GUAAUGAUCUGUCUAAUAUAAUUAGCCACAGUAUUGAUAAGUAAAUAUGCAUAAGAAGAUAUUCUGUACUGUUAUAACGACUUGGUCCUGGGUAUUGCCUGUUUUCUGCCUACUUAUCCCAACAGAGAGAUAAGUCACUGCGAGUGUGCUUUUCCAUAAAGAACCCUGACCCAUAGGGCAGAUGGGCAUGCUGAGUUGGUUGGAUAAGGAAGAAACGAAUGUAAAUCAUGUCCUAUGGCUUUCACCAGAACCACAUCUCAACCCUGUGGGAGAUUUUAGACCUCCAUCAUUUGUUUUAUUGUAUAUUGAUGGAUGUAAACAUUUCUGUCAGCACAAUACCCUAUGCGUUACUAACACACUUGGAUGCUUCUUAAUCCUUCAAUCUGUCGUCUACAUAGCCCAUAAAGGCUGACGUGUUAUUUCGCACGUUUACUGUAAUUUUCCGUUGAGUCCAUAGGGGGCGUUAAAGUACAAGUCUUGCUUUCCUUUGCAUUGUUUUGGAUCUAAGCUUGUAUUUAAAAGAUGCUGAGUAUGAUUUGUGUCCAGCUUUUUUGUUGUUGUCGUUGGUGUUAAAUAUAUCCAUGUAGAUCACUGUGUAUUGUGUGUGCGUGUGUGUGUGUGUGCAUGUAUAUGUAUAAUAACACCUAUUGCACUAUCAUGUACUCCAGGGGUUUCCUCCAGCCCUUGUCCCAAUCUGCACACUACCCUGCUCAUUAAUAUGUCUGGAGAAGUACACAAUGUCCAAAUUGUGACACAAGCUAAAUGAUCCCUCCUGUACUCUCAUUAUAAAUCCAUCUUUAACAGGUAAUAUUCAGUUACCACGUGACCUGGAGAUCAGUCUCACUGCUAUAUCUAUUCACCUCCAGUCUAAACAGUAAAUAAACACUGGGUCUGGUUUGGUCCUAAACCACACACUCCUGUAGUUCCUAGUGCUCCUGCUGUGUUGGGGCACUGCUUUAAUAAGCUGUUCAGUGAGCUGGUGUGUGAAUUGGGACACAGCCUCUUUAGUGUCCUCCCCUCCCACCUCAUGUUUCCCCCCCAUUCUGUUUGGUGCCUCUCUGGGAUGGAUGCUGCCUUUGUGCAUCUCUUAAUUUCAGAUUUAAUAGAAGCAUGCACAUCAGAGAAAUACAACCACAGGGGUUUUUUUAUUUAGUGAUGCAAAAUUUAAGGAAUAAUAAUUAGGGAUAAACGUGAAACACAAGAAAUCUGCAAGUGGAGAAUGUGAAUGAGGUUUUAUUGUUUGUUAAAGAGAGUGGUGGUGAUGAUGAUGACACGUUUCUGAAAAGAUCUGCUCUGAUGAUGAUGGUCGAUGAUAUCUCUGUUUAGAUCUCGCAGACGAUCAUCAGUUUGGACGUUCUGACCUCUUUCUCCUUAAAAAAUGGACAACCACCAGACACUGACAGACUCGUUGCUCGGACCCCAGGAUCGAGAGCAAUCUGUCAGCCAGACCCCAGGUCCUGUCACAAUUCAGCCAACCGAGGCAGCCUUCACUACACGCAAAUCUGACUCCUUCCCCUGCCUGCAACCCCUUUCUUUGCAUCAGCAAACCCAGGGAGAUGUCCAUGACUCUGGAGAGGUCGUAGUAGUCAUCAAACAGAAGACUUCAAACGCAGGUCAAGGAAGCUAUUCCUCUCCUCCAGAAGUGAAAUCAUCAGUUCCCAGACUCACUUCUCCACCUCGGCGUCAUCAUUCCUUGCCCCAUACACACCAGCCUCACUUUGGACGCACGCGAAAGGGUAGCAGGUCAAGCUCCAUUGCGUACACAGCGUUCUCCCCACGGCCCUCGAUCUCCCGCCACUCCAGCUUGGCAACCAACCCACCACUGGAUCGCUCCAAACCCAAAGAUUACCUCAUCCUGGCAAUUAUCGCCUGCUUCUGCCCGGUUUGGCCAAUUAACAUUGUGGGAUUUGUCUACUCAGUCAUGUCUCGCAACAGCUUGGAACAGGGGAACAUCGAUGGAGCCAUACGGCUGGGCCGGGUAGCUAAGCUCCUUUCCGUCGUGUCGGUUGUGGGCGGAGUUAUCAUCAUAGUGGCAUGUGCUGUCAAUUUAUCAAUUAACGUGAAAUCUUGAUGCGUGAACUUCAGCUACACGUGUGUCAGACUACUGACCGGAAGACCAAACAUCUGUUCCUGUAGCUCACAGUUUUAACUAAAUGGUUCUAACACCUUAUUCCUCUCUAACACUCUAAUUAAUAACGAUACUAAUUCAAACCUAACGUUUAUCCUGAAUCUCAAUCACAAUACAGAUGUUUGGAGAAGGAGAAAACACGAUGCACUUUUAGUGUGCAGAAUGAUACGGCCACGUCGGCAAAGCUUAACAUUUUUGAUGUGAAAAAUAAACGAGGAUCCUCUGGAGCAGAGGCAAAAAAGAUGGCAGCUUAUUUAUUCAUAUAAAAUUGAAAAAUAUUUCAAAUAUUUUUGUUUUACAUGUUAAUUUUUUUUUCCUUUAACAUGUCUCUGUAUGAUGUUUUACAU